CACACGCAUUGCCAGCAAACGAUUACUGGCACUCAAGUUCUGAAUCUAGCACUAUACUACAAACAAUCUCAUUGAUUCAGUCAAUUUAAUCAUGUCAAACCCAGAAGAACUAAUUGCAGAGGUAUGUAUUCUGUUUUCCGAAUCCCGUCCCACCCCUAUUUCCCGAUGCGAUUUGAAGCUUAUCAGCAGCCGGUAUACUAACAAACACACCCAUCGAUCCACCAAUUUUAUUGCAUCAGGCCAACAAGAAGCUGAAGAAGAGCUCUGGGCUGUUUUCCUCCUUUCUCGGAGGCUCCAGUGUUUCCAAGUAUGAAGAUGCGUCCGAUUUAUUGACACAAGCAGCUAACCUAUACAAACUUCAACGUCGAAGUGUUGAAGCAGGGCGUUCGUUUGAACAGGCUGCAGAUUGUCAGCUCAA